UUCGCGAUCCUGGCUCGGGUAAUAGAACACUGUGUAACGAUCCCGUGUGUGCUUCAGGGCUCUUUCACAACCGCUCUGUUAUAACCAGCGCUGCAUUCUUCUUUUUUUUUUUAAAACACCCCCCCCCCCCCCAAAAUAGUUUAUGUUUCAUUUUUAAUUUUUCUUCAAGAUGUCGACCCCAGCUAGACGGCGUUUAAUGAGAGACUUUAAACGACUGCAAGAGGACCCCCCGGCCGGAGUGAGCGGCGCCCCUUCAGAAAAUAACAUCAUGGUCUGGAAUGCUGUUAUAUUCGGACCAGAAGGAACACCAUUUGAAGACGGUACUUUUAAACUGACAAUAGAAUUCACAGAAGAAUACCCGAACAAACCUCCCACAGUUCGAUUUGUCUCAAAAAUGUUUCAUCCAAAUGUCUACGCAGAUGGUAGUAUAUGUUUGGAUAUUCUACAGAAUCGUUGGAGUCCAACCUAUGAUGUUUCAUCUAUCUUGACCUCUAUACAGUCAUUACUGGAUGAGCCAAACCCCAACAGUCCAGCAAACAGCCAGGCAGCCCAGCUGUACCAGGAAAACAAGCGUGAAUAUGAGAAACGUGUGUCUGCAAUCGUGGAACAGAGCUGGCGUGAUUGUUGACCAAGGCCAGCGCGUACAGUACGAACACUAUCCAGCCUCAAGAUACAAACCAUGAGAUGGAAGUCUUUGAGCCGCCCUCCUCCUCCUCCUCCUCCUCUUCCUCGCAUCAUAAGGCAUUACCUAAUUGUUGCAAGUUAGUACUGUUGUGCCGCCACCACGUUCUCCACACCACACCACACCCCUCCUUGCUGAAACUUCUUCCCUGGACAAAGCUGCAUCUACAUUGAAGCAAAUGUACCAUACCUGGGUUACUUGAGGAAAGUGUUUCCAUUACAUAGGCUCUGUUUUUGUCACACACCAGCCCCCCCCCAGUCUCAUAUUUCACGAUGGAUGUUUUGUAGUGGCAGCUGUGUUAAAUGCCCCCUUGCUUCUUGGUAGGAGUUCCAGUUAGUUGCCUCUGCAUCCAAGGUACCCUUGUACGCCGCGGCACUAGUAUGGCUCUUAUCUUCCCGACAGUGUUAUUUCAAACUCGCUGUAAAAACUCACAAAGAACUGUCUGUUGAGCUGUAUAUGAUCUGUAUAUCCAAGAGGAUUGUUUUGUAUGCAUUCAGACUCUGGACUGCAUUCUAAAGAUGCUGUCUGAUUCAUUUGUCAUAAUGUCAAACUGUUCUCUUAUAAAAUCAAGGCUUUUCCUUGAAAGUAAUGCAUAGAAAAAAAAGGUUACUUUUUCAAAAACUAUUAGGAAUUGGAUAAAGAAAACAACAGCAUUAUUCUUUUGGCUCGAGAUCUAUUGUAUUUUUUUUUUGGGAGUUGGGAGUUGGGAGUUGGGAGUUGGGAGUUGGGACAAACAAGAAAAUCGUCUAACUCAGCAGUUAGUCUAAAUAGCAGAUACUACAACUGAAUUACCAUUUUUGGUUAAUUAAUGAAAACAAAAACCGUUCCUGAUGAACACUUGAAUCGAGCCCGGCGGUUACUUUUCACAAGUCAAGAGAAUGUGCUAUUGAAUCUCCUGUGAAGAAGUUGAGAGGGGCAGGCUACGCGGGGUGGGGGCAUAUGUGUGUGUAUGGUAACGUUCUUGGGUGAUCUGUCUUUGUUGUGUCUGUGUGAUCUUAUGCUUCACUUGGAAGAUUUUAUUUAAGUGUUGUUUUCACAAGAAAAUGUCAGCUGUCCGAAGGCACGCUUGGCUGCCUGGUGGCACGUUUAUACUUUUCUGCUCGUUUGAUGAAGUUCGCUUGGGGCGAGAGAUGAGACCCUGCAUUUUGAGUUGUCUGGUAUUGUUUCUUAUGCACACAUGAUAUUUGAGUGACAGUAUAACUUUGCACUAGUAACCCAUGUAAGGAACUGUACAUUUUCUCACCUUGUAAAUAAAAAAAAUAAAAACAUUUAACUAUCA